CACUACUGAUCAGUUGAAUAGAAGGAACGUGGAACGAAGUUGUAAUGUCGUUUAUGUUGUUUCUAUGCGCAGUGAACGAUAUUUUGCUUGUAACUAUAUAAUAAUAACUAAUAAUACUGUAAGGCGGCAUAAUUUUACGAAAAAUAAAAAAAACAUGUCUAUCGAAAGUAGCAGUAUUCCCGUGACCAUUGAAUUCGGAGGUGGGGCAGAAUUACUUUUCGACAAAAAGAAAAAGCAUUCUGUGAACUUACCUGGAAACGAAUGGACUAUACAAAAGUUACUUUUCUGGAUAAAAGAUAACCUUCUAAAAGAACGACUGGAACUUUUUAUGCAAGGAGACACCGUGCGACCAGGAAUUUUGGUACUUGUAAAUGACACCGAUUGGGAAUUAUUGGGCGAGAGCAAUUACAAGAUAAAUUCAGGCGACACGAUAUUGUUUAUAUCUACCUUACACGGAGGAUAGGACGCAUUUUUACGCAAGAGGACAAGACGGUGACCCACGAAGAGGGAAUCAAAGAUGGUGGUGCGCGACUUGAUUCGAUCGCUACGGGGAAAAUGAUAAUUUCGCGGGACACUUGUUUGUGUGAAGUACGCGCACACGUGCACACUGUCAGAGAAUAAAAUGCUCAUUCGCACGA